AUGGCCGCAGAGGUUACUCAAAGCAGCGAACAGGAGCUGCCAGACCUCAAGGCACAGAGCCUGACCACCUGUGAGGUCUACAGUGCCUGCUUUGAGACAAAAAAGGGCCUGUCCAGCCACGAAUGUUCACAGCAGCAGCAGCUGGGGGUGGCAGAGUCAAAAAGCUGUGGUGAUCCCGUCGACCUGCUCUGCGAGCUGGAGAGGCAGAAGGGCCCGCCUGAUGCUCCGCUUGGGCUGCCCCCUAGCCCGACCAACAACUCCAACUCACCAAAGGAGUGGGUCGCUGGGGCUACCAUCCCUGGCCUACUCACCUCGGACGAACCUGUCAAAAAAGCGUUCAAGUCAACUUGUGGCUCCUCAGCCGAGGGCCUGGCCCACCCUUCCACCUCUCCUCUCCUCAAGAAGACCCCACUGACUCGGGCAGGAUUCCCUAUAACCAAGAAUCCUGAGGAGAAGAGCCCCCAGCUGUCCCUGAGUCCCCUGCGGACUUCACCACCGGCACAAUGGCCCCAGUCUGAGGACAAGGGGCCUCAGGAUCUCACGUUAGAUAGUGACAGAGGUAGAGAGCUGUACUGCCAGCUGUGUGGUUCCUGCUUUGAGACCCGCAACAGCCUGUCCAUUCACGCCCGUGCCCACCUGCGCCUGUUGGGCGUCAGCAACAUGGACGCCAAGGGAUCCCACAUAGACAUGCUCCAUAGGUUUAUAAGGAGGGAGAGCCUCCAGAUCUGCCACAGACCUGGGCAGGGGGCGCUGGGCCAGCUGGGGUGUCCUUCUUCUCCCUCCACAGCCCUGUCCAGGCUCCCUACCCCUCCGCCGACGAAGAGGGUCAAGCUGAAGUCCUUGGGUAUGGCCAGCCCCUCGGUGAAGCAGAACCUCUCGCCCGCUGGCACUUUCCAGGCCUCUGAUGUGGAGCCAUCUACCCUCGACCUCUCUACAGGCCCAGAGAGAACAAGAGAUAUCCUCUGCGAAUUCUGUGGUGAGUUUUUUGAUAACAGAAAGGGCCUGUCCAGCCACGCAUGUUCACAUCCAGAGCAGCUGGGAGUGUCUGAGUCAGAAAGCAGUGGUAAUCCCAUCGACCACCUCUAUGAGCUUGUGAGGCAGAUUGGUCUGCCUGAUCCUCCCCUUGGGCUGCCCCCUAGCCCAACCAAGAUCUCCCACUCACCAAAGGAGUUGGUUGCUGGGACUGCCAGGCCUGCUCUAAUCAUCCUGGCCAAAACUAUGGAUGCCCCUCCUGUUAAAAAACCAUUCAAGCCAACUUAUGGAUCCUCAGCCAAGGGCCUGGCUCCUCCAUACAGCUCUCCCCUCCUCAAGAAGGCCCCACUGAAUCAGGCAGGAUCACCUACAUCCAAGAAUCCUGAGGAGAGGAGCCCGCAUUUGUCCCUGAGUCCCCUGCCUACUUCCCUACAGGCACAAAGGCCUGAGUCUGAGGACAAGGGGACUCAGUAUCACACUUUCGAUAGUGAUGGGGGCAGAGAACUGUACUGCCAGCUGUGUGGUGCCUGGUUUGAGACCAGGAAGGGACUGUCCAUUCAUGCCAGUGCCCACCUGCGCCACCUGGGCAUCAGUGACUUGGAUGCCAAGGGAUCCCCCAUAGACGUGCUCCACGGCCUUUUCGGGAGGGAGGGCAUCCAGACCAGCCUCCGACCUGGGCAGGGAGCCCGGAGCCAGCUAGGGUGGACUCGUUCUGCCUCCACAGCUCUCUCCUUACUCCCUACGUCACCACCGGCCAAGAAGGCCAAGCUGAAGGGCUCGGGUAUGGCCAGCCCCUGGGGAAAGCAGGACCUCUCGGCUGCCGGCACUUUCUGGACCACUGAGGUGAAGCCAUCUCCUCUUAAUCUCUCUUCAGGCCCAGAGUCAAAAAGAGAUAUCCGCUGCGAAUUCUGUGGUGAGUUUUGUGAGAACCUAAAGGGCCUGUCCAGCCACGCUCGCUCCCACCUGCGCCUGAUGGGUGUGACUGAGUGGUAUGUGAAUGGCUCACCCAUUGACACACUGCAGGAGGUGCUGAAGAGAGGGACCCAAUCCAGGCCUGGUGGACACAGCCACCCACCAGGGCCUAACAAAAAAGCCCUGGCCAAGGUAGUGGGCAGUGAAGCUCCUGGCAGCUCACUAGAAGUCCAUACUCCCUCGGAUCUUCACAUUGCAUCCUUGGCCAAGAAGUUGUCACAACCACCAAGCAGUCCCCUUGGCCAUUCACCGACUGCGUCUCCUUCUCUCAAGGCCCAGAAAAUGUUCUCAGGCCUUGCUAUGCCCUCCCUGCCCAAAAAACUGAAGCCUGAACAAAUGAGAGAGAAGAACAAGUGGGAGACGCUGCCAGGGGCCCUUCAUGGGGAGACUCACCAAUCUGAGGGUACAUCUCAAAAAGAUAUGGCCCCAUUGAACCUGUCAUCCCGGGCAGAGCCAGUGCCUGACAUCCGAUGUGAGUUCUGUGGUCAGUCCUUCAAGAACCACACAGGCCUGUCUAACCAUGCACGCUCCCACCUGCGCCAGAUGGGUGUGACCGAGUGGUCUGUCAAUGGCUCGCCCAUUGACACACUUCGGGAGAUCCUAAAGAUGUCCAAGCCGUGCCUCAUCGAGAAGGAGCCUCCAGCUGGAGCCCUAGCUCCUUCUGUCACUGAAGAUGGCUCCCCCACAGCAGCUGCUGGGGCUAUGCAUUCUGCACUGCCUCUGUCACCCUUGGCUAGCCAUCCAGGAACACCAGGAGCUGGACCAACCCAGGUUCCCCUGGAGCUCAGCCUGUUGUCGCCCAUCACAGGGGCUAAGCCUUCAGCUACCAGCUACCUGGGCCCAGUGGCCACCAAGCGGCCCCUCCAGGAAGACUGCUUCCUCCCAGCAGAGGUCAAGGCCAAGACCAACAUCCCCACUGAACUGCCCUUCAAGGCAAAGACUCACCAUGAGAAGACCUCCACCAAGGCCUGCUGUGAGCUCUGUGGCGGUCAAUUUGAAAACCGCAAAGCCCUAGCCAGCCAUGCAAGGGCACACCUGCGGCAGUUCGGUGUGACAGAGUGGAGUGUCAAAGGCUCUCCCAUCGAGACGCUGAGUGAGUGGAUCAAACAGUGUCCCCAGAAAGUGGACACCUACCGAAGCUACAUCCAGGCUGGCUGCCCCUUUUCCAAGAAGGUCUGCAGCGCUGGCGGUGGCCAUGACAGUGACAAGCAGCCUCCCUUGGGGCUGGCACCUGGGGCCUUGUCCCUGGUUGGUCAAAGUUCUAGAGAUGAACCAGGGCUUGAAGCUGACAGGGCAGCUGACAGUGGUGAACGGCCUCUGGCAACCAGCCCACCUGGAACUGUAACACCUGAAGAACAUGAGGUGAAGGAUAUCAACAAAUUUGAACGCCAACAAGCCCACCCCCCGGAUGCUUCAGCAGCUCUGGGUGGUGAGGAGGCCAAUGACCUGCAACAGAAGUUGGAAGAGGUUCGGAGACCGCGACGCCGACGCAGACGCCGGUUCAGGCUAGGCCCCUCCCGGGUGCGUCCCUCCUACCAGUCACCACUGGUCAAGAUUGUGGGCAAGAUCUGCAUCCUCAAGUGCAGGUUCUGUGAAAUGAAAUUCCGUGGCCCAUUCUCCAUCCAAGAAGAGUGGGUGCUGCAUUUACAGCAGCACAUUCUGGAGAAGAACUUCUCCAAAGCCGACCCUCUGCCUAAGGAGCCCCAGGCCCCAGAGGCACAGGCAGCAGCUGUAGAGGCACCUUAA